AUGUCUUUGAGGCUUUCCUGUGCCUGGAUUUCCAUCCUCCUCAUCCUGCCCGGCCUCUCGCAUGGAGGGAAACUCCUGGUGGUGCCCAUGGUGGGAAGCCACUGGCUGAGCAUGCAGGAGGUGGUGGAGAAGCUGAGCCAGAGAGGACACGAGGUGGUGGUGCUGGUUCCUGAGGUGAGCUGGCAGAUGGAGACAACGCAGGCCUACAAGGUGGUCACGUACCCGGUGAGGCAGACCCUGGAAGAGCUGGAUAACGCCUUCCGGGAAUGCAUCGACGUGCACCUGACAGAGAAGCCUUUCCCCCUCAACACCCUGGCGAUGUACAAAGCUUCAGUGCAUGCUUUCAACAUCUUCUUUGGGCAGUGCAAAGACCUGUUCCGCAGCCAGGAGACCCUGAGGUUCCUCAACCAAAGUGGCUUUGAUGCCAUCCUUACAGAUCCGAUCUUCAUGUGUGGGACCAUCCUCGCCCACCAUCUCUCCCUCCCCUUUGUGUUCUUCAUGAGGGGAUUCCCUUGCAACCUGCACUUUUCAGCCUCACAGAGCCCCAGCCCUCUGUCCUAUAUCCCAAGACUCUUCAGCUUCAACUCGGACCGCAUGACUUUUUUCCAGAGGGUGGAAAACACCCUGAUUUCCCUCCUGGAGCUUGACUACUGCAACGGCUACUAUGCAGAGGCACUUGAGCUUUCCUCAGAAGUUCUGCAGAGGGAUGUGUCCCUCACAGACCUCGUGAGCCCCGCUGCCAUUUGGAUCCUGAGGUUUGACUUUGUGUUCGAAUACGUAAGGCCAGUGAUGCCCAACAUGGUCUUUGUUGGGGGGAUCAACUGUGCUAAGGAGAAACCACUGCCUAAGGUAAUAAUUGAUUUUGUCUUUGAAUAUCCCAUGCCUGUCAUGCCCAACAUGGUUUUCAUUGGAGGCAUCCACUGUGGAGAGAAGAAGAAGACAUUAUCUCAGCUGGUUGUGGUGCCCAUGGAUGAGAGUCACUGGCUUAGCCUGUGCUUGCUGCUAGUGGCCCUGAGCCAGAAAGGCUACCAAAUUGUCACUGUGGCACCAGAAGUGAACUCAAGCGUGGAGGUGUCCGCACAUUACACCCUCAAAAGACAAGUAGCAGUGGAGGAGCUCUUAAGCCAUGGAUCCAUUUGGCUUGAAAGAGCAGAUUUUGGGGUUGAGUAUUCCAUGCCAGUGAUGCCCAACAUAGUUUUUAUUGAAGGUAUGAACUGCGGGAAGAAAAAGCCAUUAUCUCAGUGUCAUGAUAUAAAACUGGUGAAGGAUUCAGACCGUUUCCCAUGA